UUCCACACUAUCGGUGGCUGCUGAUUACAUUUACAGAGAAUCAGCAAUUCCGCGAAUAUAUAUCUGUCUCUCUAAUGCUAAAAUUUUGUUUUUCUUGAAAUUUAAACUCUUGCUUACAAGUUGGUGAUAACAUAAUUGUUUCUCCCCUGCUUUCAGUAUUCACUACUAGGUAAAGUUUUGCAUGGAGUUCUUGCCAACAUCAGAAUGAGAAGAUUAUUGUCCAGCUCUCAAGUGUGCAUGAGCAGUUGGCAUGCUACCAAGCCAUAUAUAUUUUCAAGGCAUUAUUUCUUACUAAAUAGACUUAUAAAAUUAUUUCCCUGCAAUGUAAGAGCCACCUCCAAAAGGGAAGUCAAUACUCUUUCACCUCUGACUUCUGUAUUCAACUCAAAACCUAAUGUUUUUGUAAAUUUUUCUAUUACAAGAGAUUCUGUGGGCUUGUUUGGAUUAGCAAUUCUGCGAUCCUACCAAGGAUUUCAUCUUAUGAAACAGAAUGCUACUUUUGAGGCUGAAGACCUUGUGGAAGAGGGCUGCUCUCCAGAGAGAAAAAGGAAAAUGGUGGAGGUGUUUGAUGAACUAAGCAACGUCCUCUGCUGUGUGGCGGAUCUGGCAGAAUUUGUGCGCCUGGCUCAUCCAGACUCUCACUACCAAUGUGCUGCUCAAGAUGCUGCCUUUUCUAUUGGAGCUUUAGUUGAGAAAUUGAAUGUCAACCGAAAGCUGUAUGACGCCUUACGUAAGGUUGUUGAAGAUGGAGAUGUAGUACCCACUACUCCAGUUGAUGAACAUGUUGCACGACUUUUUCUUUUUGAUUUUGAACAAAGUGGUAUCCACUUGGAAGACAGUAAGCGCCAAAAAGUAUUUGAGCUGAAUGAAUAUAUCCUGGCUGUGGGACAGCAUUUUAUGGCCAACUGCCACAAACCGAGAAAAGUUGAACGUUCACAAUUACCUCUAGAACUGCAAAACUAUCUUAGUCUCUCAGGGUCCAGCAUCACAGUUAACGGACUUCUAUCAGACUCGUCAAGUGAAGGAGCACGCGAGGCCGCGUAUCGUGUCUACCAAAUGCCUGACAGCCAGCAAGAGCUGCUGUUGUCGCGUCUGCUUAUAGCGCGGCGAGACAUGGCCGACCUCUGUGGCUUCCCUUCAUUUGCUCACAGGUUUACAGUGGUGGAGGAAGACGGCUCGCUUCUCGGCCACAUUUACUGCGACUUCUCAGAGCGCGCUGGCAAACCCAACCAGGACUGCCACUUCACCAUCCGCGGCGGCAAAGUUAUGCCCCAGGGAGACUAUCAGACGCCGUGCGUGGUGGUGCAGCUGUCCCUGCCUGCGGCGUCCUGGUCAGGACCUCCUCUCCUGUCGCCCGGGAUGGUCGAGAAUCUCUUUCAUGAGAUGGGGCACGCGCUCCACUCCAUGAUGGCGCGGACGCGUUACCAGCACGUGACGGGCACGCGCUGCAGCACCGAUUUCGCCGAGGUUCCUUCUAUACUGAUGGAGUUCUUCGCGAGCGACGCCCGCGUGCUGGGCUCAUUUGGUCGCCACUACAAGACGGGCGACGCGGUGCCCGAGCUUUUGCUCCACAACCUCGUCAGGAGCAGAGCCGUCUUCGCUUCCAGUGAACUCCAGACGCAGGUAUACUACGCCGCCGUGGACCAGAGGUACCACAGCAACACGGUGCCCUGGGAGUCUGGCGUGACGACGAGUGACGUGCUGCAGGAGGAGCAUGAGAAGCACUGUAGUCUGCCCCACGUCCCCAAUACGGCAUGGCAGCACAGGUUUAGUCACUUCGUCGGCUACGGCGGCAAGUAUUACGCUUACCUCGUCAGCCGGUCCGUUGCGUCCUGGAUCUGGCAGCAGUACUUCAAGGACGAUCCUUUCUCCAGGAUCGCUGGCGAGCGCUACAGGCGGGAGGUUCUAGAGCACGGGGGCGGCGUGCCCCCCAGGACCCUCGUGGAGAACUUCCUGCACCGCGACCUGACCCCCCGCAACCUCGCCGGCGCCCUCAUGGCUGACCUCGACAGGAAAAGACAACUUCUAGACCAGUAGACAUGAUGCUAAAAUCCACAUGUACCACCAGUAGACAUGAUGCUUUCUUCUCCAUAAACAGGACUUCUGUUGUAAGAAGUACAUACAAUAACUACCUUAUUCGUAAGUGAUUUGUUUGUAAAAAUUGUCCAUAGAAUUUAUUAUCAGCAACCUCUCAAGUUAUUGAUGCUUAUGAGAAAGCAUACAACCAACCUAAAGCUGGAAUGCGCAAGAAUGUGAUAAUCUAGUAUUGCUUUAGAUCAGUGGUUCCCAAAGUGGGCGGUACCGCCCCCUUUGGGGCUGUGGAAAGAUCCGAGGGGGCGCUGACGAAGAAGGAGGCGGUUAGGAAGCGGCAGUCCAAAAUCGAAGUCAGAAGUUCGAAUGUUUAUUUGACGAUUU